GUUCAGUGAGCGAAGGGUUUCCACUGGAGAGGCUCACUAUGGCAGGACUUCUCCCAUUCCCUCUGCUGUUAUUUUCACUUUUUGGCUUCUUUGUCCUCGUUUGUGGCCACCUGGCUGAUUUCACAUCAACAGUCAAACCCACUGUGGUUUCAGGUGUAGAUCCUGCAACAAAGAGGCUUUCUUCUGCAUGGACAUCCAAUGCCACAGAGGUUCCCACCACAGAUUUCACAACCAGUUACAGAAAGUCAACAGCUGAAACCACUACAGAGAGCGUGAAUGGGAAAGAAGGUCGGAAAGAUGUGAGAAAAGAGCCCACGACAAAAGAAGAUGAAGGUCCUCUGGAAUUGGAAUGUCCCCCUCUGGGUCUGGAGUCACUGAAGGUGAAAGACUCUCAGCUGAGGGCUUCGUCCUACAAGCGACGAGGCCUGGGACCUCACAGAGGCCGACUCAACAUCCAGUCUGGAAUAGAGGAUGGGGAUAUCUACGAUGGGGCCUGGUGUGCUCGGUACAAAGACAAGAAGCAAUGGCUGGAGGUUGAUGCCCAAAGGCUGACCCGGUUUAUUGGGGUCAUCCUUCAGGGACGCAACUCCAUCUGGAGUUGGGAUAUGGUGCAUACCUACAAAGUGCAGUUCAGCAAUGACACACUGCUCUGGAAGCCUUGCAUGAACGGGAGCAAAGAGGCUAUAUUUGAAGGAAACCAAGACCCAGAAACUCCCGUCCUCGCCCUCUUUGACACUCCCACAGUGGCACGCUACAUUCGAAUCAACCCACAGACGUGGUAUCAGAAUGGCACACAGGGAGACAUCUGCCUCAGGGCUGAGGUUCUAGGAUGUGUUCUUCCUGAUCCCAGUAAUAAUUAUGCAUGGCAGACAGAGCCAACGGAGUCACAAGACAGGCUGGACUUCAGGCACCACAACUACAAAGAGAUGAGAAAGUUGAUGAAGUCCGUGCAUGAUGAAUGCCCCAACAUCACUCGCAUCUACAGUAUUGGGAAGAGCUACAAGGAUCUGAAGCUCUACGUCAUGGAGAUUUCAGACAAUCCUGGAAAACAUGAACUGGGAGAACCAGAGUUCCGCUACGUUGCAGGGAUGCAUGGGAAUGAGGUCCUGGGAAAAGAGCUUCUGCUCAAUUUGAUGCAGUACAUCUGCCAGGAGUACAAACUAGGGAACCAACGGAUCAUUCAUCUUGUCAAAGAGACACGCAUCCACCUCCUGCCCUCAAUGAACCCUGAUGGAUAUGAGAUGGCCUUUAAGAAGGGUUCUGAGCUGGCAGGCUGGGCUCUGGGACGCUACAGCUACGAAGGCAUUGACAUGAACCACAACUUUGCUGAUCUCAACUCAGUGAUGUGGACCGCCAUCGAGCUGGAAACAGACCGGUCCAAACUCAUCAACCACUACUUCCCCAUCCCUGAGCAGUACACUUCUGAGGAGGCAUUUGUUGCACCUGAGACCCGGGCUGUAAUCAGCUGGAUGCAGACAAUCCCCUUUGUUCUGGGUGCAAACCUCCACGGGGGAGAGCUUGUUGUCACCUACCCAUAUGACAUGACCCGGGACUGGGCGCCUCGCGAACACACUCCCACCCCAGAUGAAAGCUUCUUUCGUUGGCUCGCUGCAGCGUAUGCCAGCACCAAUAAGGUCAUGUCCAACCAUGACCGGAGGCCGUGCCACAACAAGGACUUCCUCAGAUACAACAACAUCAUCAAUGGGGCCGACUGGCACAACGUACCUGGAAGUAUGAAUGAUUUCAGCUACCUGCACACCAACUGCUUCGAGGUGACUGUGGAGUUGUCUUGCGAUAAGUUUCCUCAUGCCAGCGAACUUCCGGUGGAGUGGGAAAACAACAAAGAGUCUCUGCUGGUCUUCAUGGAACAGGUCCAUCGUGGGAUUAAAGGUGUGAUCCGGGACAAAGACACCAAAGAGGGAAUAGCAGACGCCAUCAUUAAAGUGGAAGACAUCGAUCAUCACAUCAGAUCAGUGGCUGAUGGCGACUAUUGGCGCCUGCUGAAUCCAGGCGAGUACCGAGUGACGGUCAGCGCAGAGGGUUACCUCCCCUCCUCCCGCACAUGUGACGUCAUGUACGACCACUUUCCCACAAUCUGCGACUUCUACCUCACAAAGAUUCCCAGACGGAAAGUGAAGGACAUUUUAAGAAAGGAGGGGAAACGUCCCAAAGAUGCGCAGCAGAGACUGCGGCAGCUACGCAUACGUAAACUGCGGGUCACCACCAAGGCCAUCAACCAACGCCGUGCAGCGGCAAGACGGGUGUGAGAACGAAGCAGGACUUGGUUCAGACACACCAAAACCUUCUGGAUUUAGCUU